CCCGUUCCUUGCCUACACAGUGACACACUCACAGAGACAGCAUCAACUCUUCUCUCUCUGAGAGUCGGGCUGCAAAGUGAAAAUGCAUUCAGUGGGGUAUCGAGCGAACGCAUUGCUGACCUUCGCCGUCACCAUUCUGGCUCUUAUGUGCGGCAUGGCCUCUCUCUCCGACAACUUCAAUUCCCCCUCUCCCUCCGCCCAUGUCCAGGUCUUGAACAUCAACUGGUUUCAGAAACAGCCCAACGCCAAUGACGAGGUCAGCAUGACAUUGAAUAUAUCAGCAGAUUUGCAGUCCCUUUUUACAUGGAACACAAAACAGGUUUUUGUUUUUCUUGCUGCCGAGUAUGAAACUCCUAAGCAUUCCUUGAAUCAGAUAUCUUUAUGGGAUGGUAUCAUACCCUCUAAAGAGCAUGCUAAGUUUUGGAUUCAUACAUCAAAUAAGUACCGCUUCAUUGACCAGGGAAGCAAUUUGCGCGGCAAAGAAUAUAACCUGACUAUUCAUUGGCAUGUUAUGCCUAAGACUGGCAAAAUGUUUGCAGAUAAAAUAGUCAUGCCAGGUUUCAGAUUGCCAGAGGAAUAUAGAUGAUGUCUUGUAAUGUUAAUUCUCUAGCUGUAACUGUAACCUUUUCUAUGUCGAUGAUUAGUUCAAAGAAACUAGAAUUAUGGAGAUUGUGUUUUGGAAAGUGAAAUCAAUAGCGUUUGAAUGAAUACCUAAACAUUAGAAGUUUGAUUUUA